AAAUCCAGUCAUUGGGUGUUCAUUUUAUACACAGAAAUCCCUGGUAUAGCAUUGGAAUUGGAAUAAAGCAGCAAAUUCGAUCGGCACGCGAUGUAUGUGCCCCUGCUCCACCGGAGCACCCAGAUGGUGCUGCUGAAGAGGCAGAUCCGGCGGAAGGCCAAGGAGUUGCGCCUGCGAAAGCGUCACGCCCACCGCCGCCUGCAGCUGAUGCGGCGGAUCCGUGACCACCUGCUCCACAGGAUGCGGAACUCCAUUGACCACCGGCAGCGGGAUGCGGAGCAGCAGAGGAGGGAGCAGGCACGGAGGGCUGUGGGCGGUAUGCUUUCCAUGUACAAGCACUGGCUGCGCAACUGGUCCACAGCUUUGAGGCUACAAAGUCGGCUGAUUCGACAGCAGGAGCAGGUGAAGGUGGGACUGCGACGCAGACUUCGCCAUCUGAGGAAGCAGCUGAAGAAGGUGCGGCAUCCGCAGAAUCUGGUGGACAAGUGCUUCGAUCGACUGUUCAAGGCGGUCAGGAAGUGGCAAAAGCAAGCGGACUACUACGAGCUCAUCAAGGAUCAGGACAAAGUCUGGGAGGCGGAGGCCGAGGAGGUGCGGAACUACUUGUCGGAUGUUCGGGGACGUCGACCCCGAAAGCUAAACCGUCGUAGGGUUAGAAAGAAUAGCGAAAUCGAGGACUUUGCUCAUUUUUGGAACACUGAAGUGGUGCAGAAGAACGCUAUGAUCAAGAAACAAAUGGCCAUGGUAGGCAGAAAACCAGACUUGGAUGUGGAUACAACACUGGAAAAAACUAGGCGACCAAAGAAGAAGAGGAAGAUUAAGGCCAAGAAAAUAUAUUUAAGUGUAGACAAUCUCGAGGUUCGAAAGAAGGUUAGGAAAAUCAGGAAGGCUAUUCGGAAGCCAAGGAAGGCAGAUCCACUAAGACCAUCUUUCGACGAACUGAAAAUGUUGGUAAAAGAACUAAUAGGAUUCGACUGGAAAAAGAAAAUUGUAAAAACCCCGAAAAUGAACAGAAAAGCCAUCAAAAAGGAACGGAAGAUUGCUUUUGGCAAAAUGCCUAAGUUUUCCGAUUUGCCAACCUUAAGACCACAAAUACGAAUAAAAACACUUUGGAAGAAAGGCCGCAAAAUAGUUCCCAGAAAUGUGAAAAUGCCUCUGGAGCAGCUCACCUUUCCCGAUCCGAAAAUCCGUAAACCAAAAUCUCGAAAGCAUAGAAGACGUAAAAUGCGCUAUGUGGAUAGGAUCAUUAAAGACGAGUUGAAUGCACUCUUGGCGGCAAAGGCAAAGGCAAAGGAAAAGGGCACUCAUCCUGGAAAACCUAGCUUAUCUCGAACUUUACUUAGGGAAAUGGAAAGCAGGGAUUCGGAAAGGCAAGAAAAUCUAGUCUCACUAAUGUACGAAGAUAUCCCCCCAUUUAUGAGGCAAGAGAUUGAGAGGAAAAAUAGGAACAAACUACGUGCCAAGGCAUUGCCAGGCAGUUCGAGUAGCUCGGAAGCGUCCAAAGAGGUCUUCAUCGUAUCCGAAAAAGUGGGCACUAAAACGAGCACUCCAAAAGGAACUAAGCUUCAUAGAUCAAGCAGCGGUUUAGAAAUCAGGAAUCGGCAGGAAUUGCCACCUGCCGGGUACAGCGGUUUUCAAUUGGUUUUCAAAAAGGACAGCGUUGUGUCCCUCAGCGACUCACUGAAUAGGUUCGCUAUGGCCAAUCGGAGCCGAAAAUCUACCCGUAAGUCUAUUCGCGGGCCACUCCUGAUACCCAAAAAGAAACGUGUUGCUCCUCCAAAGGGACAGGACGAGAGUCACUAUCAGUCCCUAAAGAAGGACAUCAUGUACAUCCAUACUAGCGACGAGGAUCAAGGGACACUGAGGAUGUCCAAUAGGCACUCCAAUCGCUUAACACUCAGCGACACAGCACUGCGGGUUCGCACUUCUGAUCUCCGAACUCCCAAGUCGCCCUCCAAAGGCAAGUUCAAUUAUGAUGUCCUGCAAAAUGAUUUCGACAAGAUCCUUGAGCCUAUGCGAGCUAGCAAGGACAGCGUAGAAAAAGCACCGGAGGAGCUUCAACUCGCCAAGGAGCCCGAUAUUGAAAGGUAUCAUUUGCAAGAUCUGCGCUCGGAUGCAAAAUACGCAGCCUUGCAGCUCUUCCUUAAGGACGUUAUAGAGAAGAACCAUAUUAUUGAGUAUAUCCCCGAUGUCAAUGGACUCAUGCAGGAAGUAGCCAACCGCCAGGACAUGUGGUCCCAUCUCCAGAGUCUCUUCGACGAACUCACAGCAUCGGGAAUCGCGCUGGACGUAGUGAAGCAAUUGCUCACCUUCAAGUACAUGGAGUACCUCAACGAUAUGGUGACCCGGAAGAGCUAUGCGCGUUUGGAGCCGCCUCGGGACAAUUCGCCUCACGUUGUGGAAGCCGAGUUUCUGAAAGAGAAACAGCGGAGCGAGGUGGAAAGGUUGAUGGAGCGGAACUGGUGGACUAGGAAGAGGGCCAGCACACCCUUUGGCAUGCGGGGACUCAGGGGGAGCAGAAGUGAGACACCUAACAGUCGACGGCAGUCGCAGAACGCGAGGAUGGACAGUGUCCUGUACAAGAAGAUCAUCGAGCAGGAGCUCAAGGCGGAGCGAUUGGAGCGCAAGAGGAGAACUACUAUCAGCUCCACGGGAUCGACUUUUAGCUUGAACACCAGCUGGGACUUGGCGCCCAGCGACGAGCAGGAUGUGCGGGACAUCGAGUGGCGCUACUCCCUGCACAACAUCAAGAGCAUGAUGAACCAGCACCAUCAGUUGUUCCAGGCUUUGGGGCGCAAGACGCGAACGGAGCAGAUGAUCUACAAGACGAUGGAGGGAAAGUUGGACGAGAUGUAUUCCACCACACAGUUUCGCCGUCCUAAGCCGGAAGGCACCACCUUUACGGUGAGGAAGAAGCGUAGACAUCUUAGGCCCAUCGAGCAGCUCUACUACGCACCGCGGAAAACUUGUCGCCUGCAGAAGAUCUCCGAGUCCUCAGACUGCCUGGCAUGCGAAUGCCAAGCGGAGGAAGUCGGUGAUGCGAUGAUUCUGGACAAGUGUCCGCGGUGUGGAGUAAAGGUGCCCGUGCCCGCACCCACUACGUUCUCCACGACGUCCUCGUCCAGCGUCGAGAUCCUGUCCAGCGGCUCCAUAGCGGCCUGUGCCAAAAACAGCCUGCUAAUCAACACCCUCGAGGACCUGUGCACCCGCUGUGGCUAUGUCCACGAAAAGGGACAUCCCUGCUCGCAGUUACCCUUGAAAAUGCGGAAAACCAAGCUGCUAAAGCGGAUUAAGAAAUCCCAACCUACGGCCACCGAGUGUCCGACGUACUGCUGCCCACGCGGGAUCCUUCGGAAGCCCAGAAGUUUUGAUCCUUGGCAGGCGGACAAGGAGUGCAAGGGCUGAGUACUUCGGAGCCACCAAAGUGGCAACAAAACUCCGGAUAUGCACGGAUAUGAGCACCAAAUCAGCCGGCUGAGGCGAAUGAAACAUUUGGUUUAAGUGCUAAAUAAAUUCAAGUAAUGAG